ACGCGCUGAACGGCGAAUAGCGCGCCAAUUGUAGCUCGAGAGAACAGUCUGUGCCCGCAUACGCUGGCUUUCGCCAAUAAUUCUGACGCUCGUUCGAUCGAGCAUUCCUCGAUCAUCCUUGCCUGCUCUUAACAACCAUGUGACAACUCGGUCGACGCAAAAGUGAACACAGCGCAAGGCUUGCACGACUAAUUCCUUGUAUAAAUCAGCCGCUGCAUCGGUCGAGAAUCAAGCGUUCGCACAAGCCUUGCAGUCAGUACAUCUCCAUCAGCAGAGUUUCCGCAUAUCAGCAUCAGCACAUAAACUCUCAGGUAAUUCGCGCGCAUAAGCAUCUUAAAGCGCGCUCACCCGACUUUCCUUUUCCCGGAUGGGAUGAAAGCAUCUAACGAGCCGUGCAGCUGGUUCCGUUUCGAGCGCCCGCGGACUUUCACCGCGGGUAUAAGCACACAAUAUCAACGAUACUUAUACUUGCGUAUAUAGAAGCGAAUUUCCUGCGCGCGAGUGAUAAACGGGCUGCUAAAGACGAUAUCGCGCGCACAGCUGCGCGUUACUAUAGAUAUCGUGCCGCGACAAUGUCAGUACGCGCUGACGCGGCCAUAUAAUAUAUCACGAGGGGAACACACAGGGAAGCAGCCAAAAAUUUGCAAGCGCAAUAUAAUAUUGCGCGUGAAGAUUUCGCAAGAAGAAGGAAUCAGAAAAGAUGGUUAGGCUAAAGAAGAAAAUUGGGAUUAUGGUCCUAGUGGCUUUCUUUGCCAUUGUUCUAGGAGGUACGGCAGGUUUUCUUUGGCCUUCUUUCUUUAUGGAUAUUUUAAAGAAGGAAUUGAUUUUAAGUCCGACUUCAACGAGUUUUAAAAUGUGGCAACAAACUCCAGUACCAAUGCAUUUGAAAAUUUACAUGUAUAAUUGGACAAAUUAUGAUCAGGUAGCAGAGUAUCCGAGGAUAAAACCAAAUUUUGUUCAGAUGGGGCCUUAUGUCUUUAGGGAGGUUGAUACCAAAGUAAAUAAAAAAUGGAAUGAUAAUGGCACUGUUACUUUCCAACAAAGACGUGUAUGGCAUUUUCUACCAGAACUGUCAAAUGGUGCUUUAACAGACAAAGUUACAAAUCUUAAUCCUGUUGCUGCUACUGUUGCUUAUACCUUUAGAAAUUCGGGGAGCUUUAAGAGAACACUCAUAGACAAAGUUCUCAAGAGAAUGGAACAAAUAGCGAUAACUAAGACAGUAAAUGAAUUAUUGUUUACUGGUUACGAUGAUCUGUUAUUGAAAUUGGCUGUGGAAUUUAAAUUAACUGAUCUCCCUUAUGAAAAGUUUGCCUUUUUUUAUGCUCGCAAUGGCUCAGAUUCCUAUGAUGGAACUUUCAAUAUGUUGACUGGUUCAAAAAAUAUUUAUGAUUUGGGAAUGCUUAAGGAAUGGAAAUUUUCAGAUACUUCAAAAUAUUAUUCCAAAAGUUGUGGAGAGAUAAAGGGUACUAAUGGAGAUUUGUGGCCUCCAUUGAAUAAUAAUAAAACUGUUUCAGUAUUUUCUCCUGAUGUAUGCACAACACUGUCUUUGAAAGCUGCUGGUACCGGCGAAUGGAUGGGUUUAACAGGAAGUAAAUUUGUAUCUGACGAAGAUAUGUUUGAUAAUGGAACAAAUGUUGAAGCAAAUAAGUGCCGAUGUGAAGGAGUCGAAUGCCAACCCAGCGGAACAUUAAAUGUUUCUUCAUGUAAAUACGGUGCACCCGCUUUUGUCAGUUUACCACACUUUUACUUGGCGGACGAAAGUUAUAGACAAAAUAUUACUGGAAUGAAACCAAACAAAGAAGAUCAUGAAUUUUUAUUAAUCUUGGAGCCGAGCUCUGGUAUUCCAAUGCAGGUUCGAGCUUCUUUGCAAAUCAAUUUCUUAGUGCAACAAGAAAAAAAACUCCCUUACUUCAAAGAUCUUCCAGGAAUGUAUGUACCGAUGUUAUGGUUUACACAAGAAGUCAAUUUAACGGCUGAAUAUGCAAAGCAAGUCAAGCUCUUAAUACUACUGCCUCCACUUGGAAGUGGAAUCACGUUUGGUAUUGCAGCCAUCGGGGUACUUCUAGUUAUUAUUGCUAUAUUCUUGUUCGUUCGACAAAAGUUAGAAGAUGGCGAAACCGAACUCUUAGUACCAAAAGACAACGUAAAUGGAAACAAAGAUACAGUGGUAAUUAAUAGUACUGACGAGUGAUAUCUGAAAUAUUUGCCAUACUAAUUAAACUUUUGCUGCCAAUCGCUGCUUUGAGUUUACAAUACAAGUUCAAAAGAUUCAUUGUAGCCUUUCAGAAGGUUUAAAAAAAAAAAACUUAAGUGCCUAGAGAUUUAUUUUACAUGUACUUAUGUAUGUAGUUCUAAAAUCUAAGGUAUUGAAAAACAAACAGAUUCAGAUUUGUACAAAAUUAUACAGAAAUUAUAUUUUUUAACGUCAUCAAAUCGGUUGCCUUUCCAGUCAAUCACAAACCUUUUAAAAUAUUCGUCACAUAACAACUUGUAAAUUUCAAGAAAUGUUUGUAAUUUCAUGUACCCAAGAUUUUCAGAAUUAUAUUAAACAACAGAACGUAAAAUCAUCUCAACAUAUAAAAUAAAACAGAUUUUUAUAGAUUGAAAGAAGCGCAAUAAGCACUUAUUUACAUUGAACGAUUAAAAGUUUAAGAAGAAAAGCGCCUCAAAUGAUAUAUUUAUUAGUGCAGCGAAAGACAAUUUAAAAUGUAUUGUCAGAUGUGCAUUCCCAAAUUGUUCUUGCAUACUUUUAUUGUCAAUGUACUAUAUCUUUUACACAUAUAGAGUAUAUAUAAUGUAAAAAUAUUAUGGUUCAUUAUAGUCAAAAAGAAAAAGUAACUUAAAUAAUGCAGUCGUUUAGAUAUUGCUGAGAAUCAAGUUAGGUAAGAGAAAACUGUGAUAAUGAUACUAUCUUUGUUGACAAAGGGAAUAUGCGGUAUUUUAUUUUAAUAUUACUUGUUUUCCAAAUGAACUUCCACAGACUUUUUGUUAAACGUUGUUGUACUGCAGGUGUAUCGAAUAGUUUUACUAAAUCGUUUUAUUGCGAAACGGUAAAUAGAUUUUACUCGCCUUGUUAUAUCACAUUUAUUUUAUACUUAUAACAAGUGCUAGUACCGAAAACUGACUUAAUAUUGAAGUAAUUUAUUUGUAAAUCACAAAAAAAGAGUUUUAAAAGUAAUAAAUUUACAAACUUAGGUUCCAUUUUUUUUAUUUUAGAUAUAAAUAGUAUAUUCUAAUAUAUAAUUUCUUUUAUUAUAAUAACGUACGUUUUCGAUGAUUUUUCUACCAGCUUCUAUUCAUUAAUCCUAAAAUUUUGUACUGCGUUAGCGUGUUACUCGUAUAUAAUACAAAGGGUAUAUAUUGUUAAAAAUAUUUUUCCAAUAGAAAUAAAUGAAGCAAGACAAAUGUAAAUAUUUUCAUCUAAUAAAUAAUUAAUACGAAA